CUUCAGUAAGUGUAAAAAUCUAACAAUUCUUUAAGUUUUGAAUCGACUUUACUAUUUCCAUCAUUGAUAAUAGUUUGGGAAAUGUUGCCACUGUUUUUAUUGAUGAUUAAUUCAAUUAAAGCGGAUGUAUUCUUUGAGGAACUUAAAGUGCCAUCUCUUCAUCCACGAACAUUCUAUCUCUCCCCUCAUCAAGAAUUUCAAGUUAUAAGUCAAGUUUUGUGUGAAGGACUUCCAUGUCCAGAGUUCAAUAUAAUCCAAGAUCAUGCAUACUUUAUACAACAAAGGUCCUACAGAACAGCUAAAUUUUUAAAAUUGAUCAGUCACCGACUGUGCGACUUUAAAGCUGUUUUAGAUGAUUCAAUGAAAAUAAUGGAAAAUUUUACUAAAGGAGCUAACAUCAGAGAGCAGAAAUAUAGUAUGACACUUCCACUGCUUAUUGAAGUAAAGCAGCACACAAGAGAAAAUACUAAAAAUCCUUGGUGUAUUAUGAGUUACGCAGCGAAUUUCUAUACGCCUCACUACUGGGGACUAAUAGCAACACCCACAGAAGUUGGCAAAGAAUUUUUUGAAUUUGCAGAAAACUUGAAAAUUUAUGUGCAUACUUUUGACGGCGAUGCUGGAGAAGUAUUAUUGAGAGAAAUUGAACUUUUUAGAAGAAACUUGGACACACUCGGAAUUUGUUACAAGAAAUUGAAAUUUUAUGUAGCGAUAUAUAACGUCCCGCAUAGCCCUGGCGACUCAAGAUCAGAAUUAUGGUUUCUUAAAUGUACGAGAAUUUAAAAGAUGAAAUCAAAUUAAAAAUAAAGUAUGUACUUUUAUUUUAAAUGUA